CUCCGCACAGGAUUAGUAUUACACGUUUCACCGCAAAACCAGUGAGUUUACGUGGACCCCACCGCUUCUGAGUUAUACUUUCCCACUUUGAAACUGGGAUCUCCUAGGCGAGCUCGCACUCAUGUGUCAAUUUAUGUUAAUAAGAAUACUACUUAAUUGCCAAUGACCUAACAAUUCUUCUCCCUCUUCGAAUCAGAAAAGAUUGGAAAAUACAAAAGGGAGAUCUGAUGUACUUGCUCGUGGAUCUUAACUACAUUCCAGACCAUGAUUGCCCUCGAACAUAAAGAAAAAAUGGAAGAAGCAAAGUCACCACCAAAAGAAACCACACUCACCCCCUCAAAGCAGCUCCAGAUCUCCCCAAACCCCAACACUCCCACUGUCGCAUCAGAAAUACCGGCCACAGGCGGUUCCAGGCCACCUGAACCAUCUUCCACCACUAACCCCCUCAUCCACAUCCCCAGCUAUUCCAGAUGGUUUUCGUGGAACAACAUACAUGAAUGUGAGGUUCGAUUCCUUCCAGAGUUUUUUGACGGGAGAUCACCGUCGAAGAACCCUAGGGCUUACAAGUACUACAGGAAUUUGAUAAUCAAGAGGUUUAGAGGAAGCCCCGCCAGGAAGAUCACCUUCACAGAGGCUCGCAAGACUAUUAUUGGAGAUGUUGGGUCAGUUCGGAGGGUUUUUAAUUUCUUGGAGGCUUGGGGUCUCAUCAAUUACUCUGCUUCUGCCUCCAAACACCAUUUGAAGUGGGAAGACAGGGAAAGCAAGUCCAAUGCCUUGUCUUCUUCGCAGACCAACAAAGCAAAUAUCAUUGCUGGGUUUACUGUUCCCAAGAAGAGAUUGUGCAGUGGUUGCAAGUCUGUAUGCAGCAUUGCCUGCUAUGCUUGUGAUAAGUAUCAAUUGACUCUUUGUGCAAGAUGCUAUGCCCAUGGUAAUUAUCAUGUUGGAGUUAUGUCAUCGGAUUUCAGACUAGUAGAGAUUAGUGAAGAUUUCAUGGCAGAUUGGACGGAUAAAGAAACAUUGCACCUUUUAGAAGCUAUUAUGCAUUUUGAGGAUGAUUGGAAGAAGGUCGCCGAGCAUGUUGGUGGCAGAAGUGAGAGAGAAUGUGCCACUCAUUUUAUCAAGCUUCCUUUUGCCGAGCAAUUUAUAGGACCUGCAGAUUCUGUUGAGAUCGAUAACAAGUUCUGUCAAACAAAGGACCAGAGUGAUGUGGAAUUUGGAUCUCAAAGUAUCGGCCCUUCAUUCCCAACCAAAAGGAUGCGCCUUUCCCCGCUUGCUGAUGCCAGCAACCUAGUUAUGGCUCAGGCUGCUUUCCUCUCAGCUUUGGCGGGUGCAGAGGUUGCAGAAGCAGCUGCUGGUGCUGCUGUGAGAGCUCUGUAUGAGGAUGAUUAUAGAAUAACUAAAGAGAGACUUGGAUCUCCCAUCGGUGGCACAACACAACAAGAAUGUGUAGUUGCUUUUGAUUGUGAUAACACUUCAAAUACAACGGAAGGAGUCUGUGCCGAUGCACAGUUGCGGCUUGAGAAGGAAGACCAGGACCUGCAGAGAGCAGUCUCUGAAAUUACUGAAGUGCAGAUGAAGAAGAUUCAAGAUAAGGUUGUUCAUUUAGAGGAGUUUGAAUUACAGACGGAGAGGCAGUGGCAACAACUGCAACAAAUGAAAAACCUGCUGUUUGUUGAUCAGCUGACUCUUUUUUGUGAUAGAACUUCCGUCCCAAAAUCUGGAGAAAGAACGGAGGAAAAUGUUAAAAAGAAUGAUGUCUCGUGAUUGUUUUCUUUUCUUAUUAAAAAGCAAAUGUUACGCUUAAGGUGCCAUAAUAACUCAGUAAGUUUAGCAAUGCAUAAUUUAAUAACUCAUUAAGUUUAGCGAUGCAUAAUUUAAUAAAAAGGCGCGUAUACCAGUUUCAAUUAUGUUAUCAAGCUAUUUAAACUUUUCUUAAAGUCCAGAUUACUUAAACAAAUUUAUUCACAUGUGAUCACAAUAUCCCAUUCAUUUCACACACUUUGAUUACAAGUUGACGAUGAGAUUUAAAUCUGAACUUCUCGUCACUUUGAUUAACUAUAAGCUACUCAACUAUCCAAAUAACCCUUUAAAGUCAUACUCGUCAAUCAAUACCACCUCUAAUGAGAAAACACUUCUCUUUAAAAGCCACGGUAUAAAUCACAUAGCCAACCGACAUCCCAUCCUCUUCAUGGCUGGGAGAGUUGUACUCUCCAAGUAAGUGUCGAGGAGAUAUAUAACCUCACCCAAACACAUACUUACCUCGGUGAUACGGAAUGUACAUAACCUUACCCAAAUCACUGUUAGUUAUAACUUAUAAGUGAGAUGCAUAACUUACCCAAGGUAUGAUUACUCUCUACCACUGUCUAAGCAUGCUCGACUGAUAUGUUUGGCACACUAAAUCAAAUCUGGACUAUCGCAUUACACCCAUGCUCCAGUUAUAUCCAUCACUACUUAAAACCACUAUCAAACAUCAAUCUAUAGAUACGAACUAGGGAGAGCACCAUGUGGAAAACCUCCAAUUAUACCUAAUUUAGGUGCCUAGGAAAAAUCAAAACCCAACUACUUAAAACUAAUUUGUACUCUCAGUUUUUACAUGUUAAAGUAAUGAUUUCCUAAUUAAUGUUCCGGGAAAGCUUCUUCUUGUCAAGCUCAUGCUUCUUCUGUUUGGUUCACCGUUUUUGAUGUUGCUGAUUUUAAGACAGAGGAUGUUCUUUCUUAGUUUUGUUUGCUUUCCUUUUUGGCCGUUUCAUUUAUACUGGAAAUGGAUGUUUUCUUUCAUCACUUUCUUUUCUUUGAUCUAGAGGUUAUGCCCUCUUUUCUUUUCUUUUUACUUGUACUGAAUUGCUAUAUCUCUUUAAUAUAAACACCAUUUAUGAAACAUAAUUUCCUAACUAAGUUCACAAAUAUUCAAGCUAAGACCUAUGUAAACUCAAGUUCUUAAU